ACAGCAGAACUAGAUUCAAACUUGCUGCAGAAGUACCACCAGACAUACAUGAAUGUUGUCGCCGCGUCUGACAAAGAUAUUUGCAACGUGGCAGAAGUGUCCCGGCAAGGAACUAAGAAGACAAGAAUCCCAUACCUCAGAAUGUGUUAUAUGUAUUGUAAGACCGUGUCGCAGUUAGAGCAGGAAGACAACCGCUCGACAGAUUCUGGAGGAUACUUUUAUGUCUUGGAAAAGCAACUCCAUGAUAUAUUCGGCAACAUGAUCAAUAACAAAGAAAUUCCAGUUACGUAUUUGGAACCGAUAUGCAAGAAAUUAAAUGUCAAUCUGAUACCAAAACUGAUAUUGAACUUCUGUCCGUCUAUAACAUUAUCAGGUUCUUUGAAUGAGGCAAAUGAAGUUAAUUUUAACAAUUUACUUCAUGUCGUAUAUGAUUUCAAAAACCCGGAGGAGAAUUUGUUUAUUGAUCCAGUGACAAAUUUUGCUCCUUUACCCCGAUCGCCAGACCCACAAUGCCUGACCUACAUUGUUUUACAUAACUGGGUUUUGGCACAUAUAAUUAAGAAAAUCCACAUUUCACCCAACGAGAGCAGCUUACAACAAAGUAUGGACGCGCGCAAGUGCUUAAAUAACUACAUGGAACUAAAUCGAUUCAACUAUACCAAAAGUUUGUUCGGUAAUAAUAAAUACUUGGCAUCAUUACAUACAACAGUAGAUCUCAACAAAUUGUUCUUGUUCAUGCCUGAAAUGCUAGAUUCGGGGAAAAUUCUGAAGUGUUUAACAAUAAUCGAUUCGCUAUCCGAAAGGCAGUUAAUGUGCAGCGCAAAUCUCAGCAAUUUGAGAGACUUGGUAUUGUUUAAGUUAGCGACGAAUCCAAAGAUUAAUCAGAAUUGGAAAUACUGCCAAUAUCUGAAAUGUUCAGAACUGAAAGUGGAUUUAAUAUUAAACAAUCUUAAUUGUUGGCCAGCUGAUGGUGCCUUAGAAGUGUUAGAUUAUUUGCGAUUCUUAUUAAACCAGGAAGGUAUGGAGGAAGGUCUAUACGAAAAAUGCUCUGACUGGAUGACCAAAAUACCACUUUAUGACCAGAUUGCGACUAUAAUGGGCCUAAAUCACUGGUACGCUGUGUACGAAAAGUCUAUUGAAAAUCCAGAAAGUAUUAUCGAAGUGCUGAUGGAUAGUCAGCAGUUUAAGCUCUGCUUGGAGUGGGCUGACGUGCACGAAGUUUCGGAAAACAUGAAAAAUUUAAUUGUCAUGAAUCUAUUACGACAGCUAUUUGAGUAUAGAAACCAAGCCACUCCUUCCUUAGUGAAGGAACUUCUCUUAAGGCUUCCCUCGACACAAGCCUUAGAUUUGAUACAAGAUGAAAUGUCCAAUGUCAAGAACGUCGAUAUACUUCAAGUCUGUGUGGAUUUUAUAUCUGAUUACUCUUUCGAUUGGAAGUCCUUCGAAAACAUCAAAGUCGGUCUUCAGAUAAUGCUUGAGAUCGAUCCCAACUGGCGGCACUUGUUCUGGGAUUUAAUAGAGCAUCCCCUACUGAUGAUUGAACAGUUUCUGAUGAACGCAAAAUUAGAUUUGCUCACAAACAUUAUUAAUAAAGUAGUACCCCAUUUAAAAAAGGACUCAAAUGGUGAUAAUCUUUAUUACAACAUCAAAGUUAUUGAAUCAAUAGUCAUAUCUCGUAAUGCAGUGGAUGCGUUACUUCGAUUCUAUGCCGAAAAGGCUCUGGAUAUGAAGAACCCGAGAAACGUCUGCCCUCCGCCGCAGAAGCUUUCCGACGAUUUGCUGCUUCAGUCCAUCGAUUCAAUAAAUAUCGAAGCGGCGAACAAGCCAUUCGUGAUGCCUGAGCAGGUGCCUCCAAAGGAUCAGUGGACUGAGGACUACUCGACUGACAGAUGUAUGAUGUGUCGCACAUCAAUAUUUUCAAUGAUUAUCAGGCGACAUCAUUGCAGGCGAUGCGGAAGACUGGUGUGUCAUGCGUGCUCCAGGAAUAGGAUGCAGGUGCCAACAUACCCAAGCGGCGUCAAGUUCCGCGUCUGCGAUGACUGCUACACACAGACCAUGAAUCGAAAAGCUCAGUCACACAGCCAAAACCUGAUGUCGAGCAGUAGCAGUGACUCGGCGGGCAGCGGCGUCACGUGCAUGGACUGGUGUCUGUCGACUAAUGCUAAGAGGAACGAGGCAGUCAGAGCUGAGUUCAGCUAUGAGUUCACGCCUAAUGUCACUCUUUGCCUGUCCAUUAUGAAAAUGCAUUCUAUCAAUUUGGAUUAUCCGAGGUUCUUAUUAGAUCGCAGCGAUGAAGUGGCGCGCGAGCUGUCGAACGGCGGCGACGCUCGGCUGUUGGUGCGAGCGAGGCGCUCCUUGUUACUCGCCGCCGCGGAACUGUACUCACGGACACCGCACGACAACGGGUCGCGGCAGGCGGUGGCGGAGACGGGCGCGGCGCACGCGGCGCGCUGCCUGGCGCACGCGGACGCCAUGGCCACGCUCGUCAAGCACCAGGCGCACCACCUCAUACCGCAGCAGGGCGCGCAUGCCAGUCAAAUAGUACGUUCACUAUUAGAAGCAGAAAAAUGGGAACUGGCGCUAGAGAUUGCAACCAAAUCAGGACUUCCACGCAACAGCGUUUUGGCAGCAUGGGGCAAGGCGUGUCUUAAGGCGGGGUGUUUCAAACAAGCGCGGGAAAAGUUCGCUCUGUGCUUCAAAAAGACCAUGAACGUGUCUUCCGACAUGCCAGAGGAUUGUGAGUACGGGCGUGAGGCCUCGGAAUCCCACUUUGUGAAUAGACGGAUGCAAGGUAUGAGGUAUUCCGAGAGUUCGGUGUCGAGCGUACAGUCGGACGGGCGGCCGCGGUCCAACCCGCCGUUGCUCAACGAGAUUGUAAGCAUCUUGGAGGACAUGAACUACCCCGUCAACCAGCAGUUGCUGCAUAAGGCUGAGACGUUGAAGACGACAAACGAAAAGCUUGCAAUUAUGAACACGAGCAGAAAAAAAAUACAGCUAACAGAACCUGCUCUGAACAUAAUGCACACUCUAGCAAGCGUGAAGAAGAUAAAGCAAGGAGAUUAUAGUGACUUCCAAACUGCCACGGUUCAGCCCAAGAAGAGCCUCGCCCAAGGACUGCUUCGACGAAAUAACAAUCACGUAGAACAGAAAAUCGACUAUUCACUGAAACGACUCGACCCGUUUUUCUACAAAGAAUGUAUUUAUUAUCUAAGCAAUUAUGGAUCCCAAGUAGCUAACAUAGCAUUUUAUAUGAAGCAUAGUGAUUUGACUGAAGUUCUAAGGUAUUGUUACGAUACCAUUGUUGACAAGGAAACGUUCACCGAGUCUGUGUACAUGGAGUGCUUGAGGAAGGACAAAGUCAACGAAUUGUUCAAGGCAAUGAACGAUAUGGACAAUACGUUAGAUAUGUGGUCGGACUAUAUAAUGCACAUAUGCCGCACGCUGGAGAUGAACAAGCGCCUGGAGGCGCUGUACGCGGUGCAGGUGGCGUCGGGGCAGCACGCGCGCGCGUCCGCGAGCUGCGCGCUGCUGUACUCGCGCCCCGUGCCCGCCGCGCCCGCCGCGCCCGCGCACGCGCCCUUCGCCGCGCUGCACGCCCGCCACCACCACCUCGCCGACGCGCUGCACCAUCUGUCGCAGUGCGUGCCGCUCUCUACUAGAACCAGCGACACAAAGUCUUUCCAUUUCAACCUGGACAAGGCAACCAUAGACAACCUUAUGACGACGAUAACGCGUCAGAUGGAGCUCGCCAAGUAUUUAGCAGUGUGUGAAGCGAACGGCCGACUGACGGAGAAGGUUGUCAACGAUGUGAUACCGAUGCAGAACACACGGAAGGAGUCAGAGAGCGGCGACUUCAGGCCUCUGACGCUGUUCGGAUCGACCACAGACAAGAUCAGGCUGGUGGCUGUCGUGUUGGCGACGGGACAGAACAUUGAGACUGGAUUUGAGCUGGCCUUUAAAAUCAUAACCGAGCACAAGCUGGACUCAAUGAACAUUUAUAUCCACGUAGCCAAAUAUUUAGUGCAAGUCGACAGGUUUACAGAAGUAAAAACCUUGGCCAAGUGCAUACGUGCGUCUAAAGAAACUGCUUCUAGUCUGAUGAGUGAUCAAGUGCUGGAGUCAGGAGUGAGCGCGGUGGUGAAGCGCUGCGAGUCGCGCGGACAACUGCACGACGAGCAGGCAGAGAUACUCAUUAACGAUAUAAACAGUGUUACCAUAAAGAUAUCAUGUUACCUUGUAUGUCGGAACGUAAGCAGUGCAUAUAUACUGGCGGCGCGCAAUGACAGAACCAACGAUCUGCGCCGGGUUCUGCAGGAGGCCGAGCGUCUCGGAAACGACCAAGUCAGAAACGCUUGUCUCAAGAGACUCACCUCCAAAAAUGUUUUAUAGUCACAAUAUAAUUUGCAAUUGUUUUUGAAUUGUAGAUAUUGAUUUAAUGUUAAAGUGAACAGUCAUUAUUUGUGUUAGAUCCUAUUAAGUCGCCAAAUGACAAAAUUUUGUAGGUAGCUUUAGGUCCCUAGGGUUCUGUGUAUUUGCUAUAAAAACCCAUUGCUAUGGUGGUCAUUAGUUUGGUGAUGAAGGCUAAGCUGGUGUGAAUAUAAAUCCUGUUAUUUGGGUGAUGCUAGAGUGGAAAACUGGACAAUUGACAGUGAUACUUAUUAUAAUCAUUGCAUAAAACAUAGAUUAUAAUAAUUAGUAAUAAUAAUAUUCAUAUUUCAGAAAUAAAAAACAAAUACAGCUACAGCAUAUGCAGUGUAACAUUAAGUUUACUAUUUGAAAAGCAAACUAUAAAAUCGCAAUUUUAUGUGCUUCCAUUUAUUAUAUCCGUCUAGAUUGUUUCAUUUGUUUUUAUUUAAAGAAAUCAUUUGUUUUUUAUUAUUUAUUAUGUUACUAAAGUUAUAAAUUAAUAGGUGAUAUCAGAAUAUUAUUUGUGAAAAUGUGUUUAUAUUCUCUGAUUAUUUGUUAAAGUGUAUACUGGUAAAAUAAUAUAUGUGGUGCUAAAAUUUUUGUAUAACUAUUUUGAUGUGUAAUGUAUAAUGACUUGUCCAUGUCACCUGUCACGAUAAUGCUGGAUAAAACAAAUGCUAGUAAAAUAGGCCAGUAGUGAACUACGCAAUAUGUUAAGUAUAACUGAAAAUACACUUCUCGCCUAAUUGUGAUAAUCUUUAAUGACAAUUUCUUUUUAUGUCAAAGCACAUAAUUUCCCUUACAAGCAAAUAUAAAUAAAUAGAUGCCAGUAUUAUAAUUAUUUGAGUAUUGGGUGACACAAAAUGUAUUAUCAUUUUAUGUUUUAUUGUAUGUAAAAUUGCCUUACAAAUUCUAUUUUUAUAUUGCGGUAUAAUGUAUUAAGAUCUUAAACCUUCAAUUUGUAUUAGCUGAAUGAUAUUGGUCUCAUUAUGAUGUGAUAUUCCGAGUUGUUAUCAUGGAAAUAAACUAUUAACAUUUU